GCCUUCAUCACCCACGUGGCUGAUGCUUCCGGGUCCCAGCAAUAGAGCCAAUCAGAAUGCAGGCAGCUUUCCACGCUCCGAGGAGGAAGAGGACGGUGUACGAGGCGUACGAAUCCCCGCUCCCGCUGCCGCUGUCACAUGAUUCCCGCGCAAACCGCUUCCGCGUCUGCCGAGCGGAAAUCGUUAAUAAUCAUGUGACGGUGACAAGCGCCGAGGACAUCGAGCUCCUCUACACCAAGGGUUAUUUCGGGAAGGGUAUUUUGUCCAGAAGCCGUCCGCAGUAUGAUGUUACGGAGCGGGAGCUGCUGAUGCGUUGGAGAGCUACUAAAGUGAAAUUUCCAGUUAUUUCAUCCAGGAAGUACCGGCUUCAUGCUGAUUGGGCGAGAGGAAUGUUGGAAGCUCAGGGUCUGGAUUCUGACUCCGUAUCCCGGAUCCUGGCCGAUUACACGCGUCCCCUGGAUGUGCCGGCCGGAGAUGCGGAUCCGGGGCUCGCUGCCGGUGCUGGGGAUGAAGCCGCUCGGGAGGGGGACCCGGCACACGACCCUCUGGCCCGGUACGGCCCGGACGCUGCGCGGGAGAGCGACGAGGUGGGAGAUCGGGCCCCGGAGACGCCGCAGGAGAUGCGUUGUCACAAACACGACGACUUCAUCGUCCACUGCGGCUGCAGACCCCAAAAACGGAGUAAACCAAUCCAACCGGAACCGGAACCGGCAGAUCCAACAGGAAACAGACACCAGUACGUGCUGGUAGAGGAGGAGGAAGAGACCAGUGAGACGGCAGACGCUGCCGGUGAGAUCGGGGCGCGGCGGCUCCUCGUGUGCCGGAGGAAUCCUUUCAGGCUGUUGGAGUAUUUACAGCUGAGCCGGGAGGAGGCGUUUUUCCUGACGUACGCCUUGGGCUGUCUGUCCGUCUCUUAUAAUAAGGAGCCGUUGACGAUCUUGGAGCUGUGGGAGGCUUUCGUUGCCGCGCAGCCCACCUUUCCCGCCACGUACAUGGCGUAUCAUCACUUCCGAAGCAAGGGCUGGGUGCCCAAAGUUGGCCUGAAAUACGGAACGGAUCUGUUGUUAUACCGGAAAGGUCCCCCUUUCUACCACGCCAGUUAUUCUGUCUUCGUGGAACUCGUUGACUCUAAUUUUGAAGGCUCUCCCCUGCGGCCCCUGACGUGGAAAGCACUUGCCGGCCUGAACAGAACAACUGUCAAUGUCUCGAAGGAGCUUCUGUUCUGUUAUUUAAUUAAACCCCCGGCUUUUACGGACAGAGACCUGCGGACCCCGGAGUGCAUAAAAACCUUUAAGGUUCAGGAGUUAAUUUUGAGUCGCUGGAUUUCGUCCCGCGAGAGAUCGGACCAGGAGGAGGAGCUCUGAGAGCCGCACGUUCUCUGCGUGUUUUUAGUCAAUUGGGAUACUUUGGGCUUUUGGGAAGCGGCUCCCCGGCCGCCGUCGGUUUGUGAAGAAUCCGUAAACUGGGAAUCACUUCAGGAAAUACACGAAGUUUGUGACUAACCACAGAAAGGCUGCUGCGAUAAACGGGGGGAAGAGAGCAGCGUGUUCGGGGUUUAUGGAGAUAUAUUUAAGACAAUAAAUGUUUUUUUCCACAAA